CGCGAGUGGCGCGGACGUGCGAAGUUUUCUCAAGCCCCAUGAACCGGCAAAGCUGCUGUUGGCAAGUCGAACGAUCGAAGAAAUAGGGAUGAAAGACGCAAUUUUUGGGAUCGAAAUCCUUCGGAUUUUGGCAGUUGGUUAAGCCAAUAUAAAACUCACAAAUCGUUUGAAAUGUAUACGCUCACGAGGUUGGGAGUCACAAAAGUAAACCGCGGUGAAAAUAGAGUUUAGUGAUCCGGGGAAAGUUGAAUUAUUUUCAACGGCAAAGUGACGGAUUAAAAGCUCGUAAAAGAACAUCGAAUUUUGUGUAACGAAAUAUGAGGCCGGCGAAGGAGAAUUCGGGCACGGCGAAAACGGCUCUUUCCUAAUUUCAUUCGCAAGCCAUCAAAGUUUCGCGGUGUACGACGCUUUUGGGGAAUAUACUCGGCGAUCUCUUUGGCAGCGCGACGUGAAACUUUUUCCGAUAAUUGUACUCUCGUAUUAUUCGCACGUGCAGGAGAUGUAAAAAGGGAUGAACAGGUCUGGAGGUGCGAGCGAAACGAUCGCUGGAACCGCGGGCUGCAGGGGCCGCAGUCGACAAAGCGAUUUCGGGGGGUUUAACGAUUCGUAAAAUCGCCGAUCAACACGAUUUCCCGGUUUGACGAUUCGAGCCAUGCUGUCAAUUUUCGUCAAGUUUCAGCCCGCGAUGCAAUUGAUUUUAUUAGGAAUUUAAUCGGUCAUGUGAAAGCUCGGGAUCUUUGGGAGGCUGUUGAAAGUCGCGACGCAAUUUCAUCGAACAUUAACAAGUGACGUUGCUCGCUAACAACGGCAAAAUGACGUCGCCGAAAGUGACCGGAAAAUAAAUCACUGCAUCGAGAAUCAGCUCACGCCGGAUCCUCAUUUUCUCCUUAAUUUUUCGAACCAAAGACGCUAAUUAUGGGUCCAGCGAUCGUCCAGUUGUUCGCUAUCGGGAUCCUCUCGAUGGUGAAGAUUAGCGCCGGAGGGAGUUGCAGCGCGGCGAAGCUGUGCUGCGAAGGACGUGACUCUGGAUGCGUUAUUCAAAAGGCUUCACCGAACGCGAUCAUCGAGACCCCUCAAGACAAACCGUGCUAUUGCGAUCACGCGUGUCUCAAAUUGAACGACUGCUGUCAUGACUUUCGCGACGCUUGUCGAGUGGUCGAUUGUGUCGUCGGCGAGUGGGAAGAGUGGUCACCGUGUGAAGACAGAUGCGCUGCCGGUGUUCAAACUAGAACACGUUCUAUCGUCGAACCGUCGACGAAUGGUGGAAAGCAUUGUCCGCAACUCGAGCAAUCGAGAACAUGUCACAGUUUCACCGGAUGUUCUCGAAACUCUCGUACGUUUCGUUUGAAAGGUACGGCGCUCCUGACGAUGGCAAGCAUGGAAAAUUUCGCUGCCAACGAAGUGAACAACGACGGAUAUUGCGCCACAUUCACCAUCGUUCGAGUCUCGAGAGCUUGCAUCAAGGAGUUUCCAACGUUGACUGAAGGAAUGGAAAUUUGCGUUAUGUGUCGAGCUGACAUCGGAGCAACGAGGUGCCCGGACCACGGACGUCGCUCGGAGCUCGGGGGAAUCGGUAGAUGGAAAAUGAUGACAUCGACAUCGGUCAGAUGUCACGGUAAAUGGAUAGGAGGUACGAACGUCGCGAGUCAAUGCGAUUCAGCGAUCUCCUGUCGCGAUGUUACCCGUCGUCUCGUGUUCGUUUGAUAAAUUGGAAUAUUCAUGUAUGUGCGAGGACACAAUACGCCGAGCGAGGGCCAGAGGCAGGGAGGAAGAAGAGGAAGAAAUAAAAGAAGUUCGCUGCUCGGAGAAAACUUUUGGAGGAUCGAUGAAUCGCCCUGCCGAAGAGUUUAUUCAGAUUGGAUUACUUCCGCAGUGACCUAUAAUUUCGUACGUCAGAUAUCAAAAUACUAAACGAAAGCAAAACUUUUAUCACUAAAAUAGAAAUAUCUCCAUUAGUUUAAUCAGUGUAAAUAAAAUCAUGAAAAAGCAAGUAACGAGCACGCGAAUCCUUUGAGAAAAUCCAUGCCGUCAAAGUGGUUAAAUUCACAGUGGGCUUCGAAGGAACGCAAACGCCUGAAAACUCCGAUGACGUACUUGAAAUAUUCUAUUUAGAAAAACUUGUAUAUUUCAUCAAAACGAAUUUGUAUUUUUUGAUUUGCGUUACUGGAACGAUUAGUCGCGAUGAAACGUCGUUGAAUCGAGGUGCCCCGAGAUUCGUCGACGAACGAUGUCAUUGUUGAUCAAAUAAUUCGUAGCUUAAGAUUAGCCUGUAUACGUCGUGUAGAAAACCUAAUAAAUGUUGAAUUAACGAAACAACGAUGUGAGCAAAUCUUUUUCUUCGUUCGUGUUAAUAGGCAUUUUUGCAUUGAACAACGCAAAUGAAGUGAUACUUGUCUAGAAAAUAAUGAGUGACUGAAGCAUCAAAAAUCACGGUGUUAAACAUAUCAAAAAGAUAUUAUACUUGUACGUAGUUUCCCUUGAAAAUAGAAAUGAAAAACUUGUAAUUCUAUUGGAGGAAUAAAUGAAAAACACGUGCAACAUA